CUCUCUCUCUCUCUCUCUCUCUCAAUUAUCCAUUUGUGUCUCUUUCUUUGUCUCUCAAUUAUCCAUUUGGUGUCUCUGCGGGAGCUAAUCCAAACGCUAAAUUUAACCGACAAACAUAUAAAGAAAAACCAGAGAAAUCCGACGAUUCUCCGUAGUCAAAUCGUCAUAUUCCGAUCGCAAAUCUUUCAAUUUUUCAGCCCCUUAAAUGGGCUCUAUCGGUUUCAAAACGUUUUGUUAUCAACCGCAUCGCCGAGGUUUCGUUUUCUCCGUAGCUGGUGUUGAAGUUAACGAAGCGUGAUCUGGGUGUUCAAGUUUCUUUUUGGGUUGUUGGGAUUACCAAAUCUUUUUUUUUUUCCUUUCAAAUUCGGGAAGAUGAAUGUUGCGAAGUCUCAGGUUUGGCAGCCUUGUAAGAAGAAGAGAUCUUGAAAUUUCAGUUUAUACAUAUCGACGGAGAAGUUGAUACAGAAGCAAUGGAUGGUUUUUGCGUAAUCAGAUCUUCAAUUCAUUAGGGGAGGGAGAGAGAAAGGGAUAUACACAAUGGAUGGUAUCUGUAUUGAGGUUUGAAUUGAUAUAAAGACAUAAAAAAAGGUAUAAACACAGAGGAGGGGAGAGAGAUUGAGAGAGAGGGGGAGGGAUGGCGUCGACAUCAAGUGGUGGGAGUGCGAGGACGAGAGUGGGAAGGUACGAGCUGGGGAGGACUUUAGGGGAAGGGACGUUUGCGAAAGUGAAGUUUGCGAGGAAUAUAGAGACUGGUGAGAAUGUUGCCAUCAAGAUUCUUGACAAAGACAAGGUUCUCAAGCACAAAAUGAUCGGUCAGAUUAAACGUGAAAUCUCAACCAUGAAAUUAAUCAGACACCCAAAUGUCAUCCGUAUGUUUGAGGUUAUGGCCAGCAAGACAAAGAUAUACAUUGUUUUGGAAUUUGUUACUGGUGGUGAACUUUUUGACAAAAUUGCUACAAAAGGGAGGCUGAAAGAAGAUGAAGCCAGAAAGUAUUUUCAGCAUCUCAUUAACGCAGUGGAUUACUGCCAUAGCAGAGGCGUAUUCCACAGAGACCUCAAACCGGAGAAUCUCCUACUGGAUGCCAAUGGAAUUCUUAAAGUUUCGGAUUUUGGAUUGAGCGCACUACCUCAGCAAGUGCGAGAAGACGGAUUACUACACACAACGUGUGGUACACCAAAUUAUGUCGCUCCUGAGGUGAUCGACAGCAAAGGUUAUGAUGGAGCGAAGGCAGAUCUAUGGUCGUGUGGUGUAAUCCUUUUCGUCCUUAUGGCAGGCUAUUUGCCUUUUGAAGAAUCCAACCUCAUGGCCUUGUACAAAAAGAUAUUUAAGGCUGAUUUCACGUGUCCUCCAUGGUUUUCCUCGAGUGCAAAGAAACUGAUCAAAAGAAUCCUGGAUCCCAAUCCAUUGACACGAAUAACAAUUGCUGAGGUCAUUGAGAAUGAGUGGUUUAAGAAAGGAUAUCAGCCUCCCGCUUUCCACCAAGAAGACGUCAGUGUCGCUGAUGUGGAUGCCAUUUUUAAUGAAUUGGGGGGUUCUCCAAAUCUUGUCGUAGAGAAGCGGGAUGAGAGGCCUGCGGCGCCUGUUGCUAUGAAUGCAUUUGAGCUUAUCUCUACUGCUCAGGGUCUCAACCUCAGUUCUCUUUUUGAAAAGCAAAUGGGGCUUGUCAAACGGGAAACAAGAUUUACUUCCAAGUGUCCUGCCAAUGAGAUAAUCUCUAAAAUAGAAGAAGCUGCUGUGCCUUUGGGUUUUGGUGUGAAGAAAAGCAAUUACAAGAUGAAGCUUCAAGGGGAGAAGACUGGACGUAAGGGUCAUCUGUCAGUUGCAACAGAGAUCUUUGAGGUGGCUCCCUCGCUUUUCAUGGUUGAGGUUCGCAAGGCUGGAGGGGACACCUUAGAAUUUCACAAGUUCUACAACAACAUCUCAACUGGGUUAAAGGAUAUCGUCUGGAAAUCAGGAGAUGAAGCAAAAGAGGAUAUAACUGACGGUGCAGGAACUGUGCCGUCUUGAUUUUUGGGCUCCCUUUGAAGGUAUAUGUUGGUGGAAUUUAUACAAAAUUUCAAUUCUCAGUCAGAACUUCACUCUCCGGAUUGCUGUAUUAUACCUUAAAUGUUUGUUUGGUGUUGGUUACAUUUUUUACUUCCCAGUUCCUCCAGCUCUAUGUUUUCUCUCUCGUUUUUUUGCUUUUUGACACUUUACUUUGUGAACCAGGAUGCUUCUUUACAACAUAAAUUUUAAGGAUAAGUGCCCUUCCUAAAGAGAAACAAGUUUUGGGAUUACUUGUAGUGUGUUUGGUUUAAUGGAAAGUUGGGUGGAUAAAAAAUAGGGAAAGGAAAAUGGAAUGGAAAGAAAGGUUUUCAUCCUUUGGUUUCAAAGGAAAACAGGUGCCCUUUCAAAAGUGGAAGGGAAACGAGACAAAAAUUGAAGG